UCAGAUCGAUGGUGUAAAAAGAUGAUCUCUUCAAUGUCGCAACUCGCAUGCCAAAUAUCGAACACGCAAUAUCAAAUCUGGAUAUAAUCUAGUGAAAAAGCAGAAAUGAGUGUUUUAGUGGCGAGGUCUCUACAAUACUGUAGUACCAGUGUUCGAAUACCUUGUACUAGAUUGAAGAGCACGGCGAACUGUCAAAGAGCCCAUUUACAAUCUUCAAUCGUAGCAGACGAAGUUACUCCGAGGGCCUUGAAAGGUAUUACUUUUGAUGAUUAUAAGGAAUGCUUUGGUUACAAAUCAACGUGGGAAUUACUGCGAGCGAUUUCUGUAUUGCAAUUAUGUUCUGUCGAGAAGAUUGCAGACAACAGUUUAGAGCUGAUGAAAGCAGCAGAGAAAUUAGUGGGUGUUCGUGGUCUCCGUCUUCUCUUCAAACCAACUGUCUACAAUCAGUUUGUGGGUGGAGAAACAACUGAAGAACUCAGAGCAUGUACUCGGAGUUUGGCCCGGACGGGAAUGAGAGCGAUGUUAGCAGCAACUUUAGAAGAAGAUGUGGGAGAAGGAAAGGAUGAGAUUGUUUACAACAACAACUGUCAGAGGAUAUUGAAUGCGAUUGGUAUCGUCACCACUGAAGACAUCAAGUCCCCAAUGAUUCAGUUGAAGCUGUCAGGCCUUCUAUCAGCCGAUAUGCUCCUUACUGUUGGCAAUAUUUAUGCUGGACAUAAUAAUAAACUGUCAUUGAUAAAAGCGUUGGCGGAAGGAAUGUCAGAAGGAAAAUUACAAGAUUCUUUGUUAGACGAAGCCCUAGAUGAAGCACAGAAAAGAUGUUUAGAGCGCGCUCUUGAAAGGUUUAAAAAAAUUGGCACCGAAGCAAAAAGAAAAGGCGUCAAAGUUUUGGUGGAUGCAGAGAUUACUUACCUCAAUCCUGGCCUGAGUUGCCUUGCUCUAGCAGCUGUUGCAGUUUUCAACCUAGAUGCUUCUGUGAUAUGGAAUACUUACCAGUGUUACUUGAGGGACGCUGAGAUACUUCUAAAAGAAGAAUUAUCGUUAGUAACUGAGCUAGGGUGUCAUUUUGGAGCAAAAUUGGUCCGAGGUGCAUACAUGAGCCAAGAAAGAAGUCGUGCACAGAAAUUGAAGAUUUCUGACCCUGUUUGUGAAAACUAUACUGCAACUUGCAACAAUUAUAAUAAAAUUCUAUCGUUUCUACUAGACAAACAUUACACAAUGGGUCCACAGUGUCAAUUUAUAAUUGCUAGUCAUAAUGUAGAAAGUAUAAAAUUUGCUGUGAAAAAAAUAGAAGACAUGAACAUGGAUAAGGAUCUACAAAGUGUCUGUUUUGGUCAAUUGUAUGGAAUGUGUGAUCAAGUGUCCAAUCCCUUAAUGAGAGUUGGUCUACCAGUCUACAAAUCCAUUCCGUAUGGUAAGAUAGACGAAGUGUUACCUUACUUGGCAAGAAGAGCGGUGGAAAAUAAGAGUGUCUUAGAAGGAGCGAGAAAUGAACUGAUUUUACUCAAGAAAGAACUCAGAAGAAGAGUACAAAGCACACUUCACAUGUAAAUCUUAAUGUAAUUUAAUAAAAAG